GUACAGAACGAGUGAGAGAGACACAGAGAGAACUUCAAAUCGAACAGAAGACAGAUGAUUGAAUUAAGCCUCCACCACUAACCAUGCAGUGGAGUCUAUCUCUCUGCUCUUUAAUGGGAGUUGCGUUAUUAGCCCAGAUGAGCAGUACCUCAACAGUAAACGUUGCGUUACAAGGAGUGGCCACUCAGUCAUCACAGUACAAUGAUGAUGAUAAUCAUGUGAAAGCUUCUAAUGCCAUUGACGGGAACAAAGACCCAAACGCCGACCACGGAUCCUGCACCCACACAAAGAUCGAGGCCUGCCCCUGGUGGAGAGUGAACCUGCUGGAUGUGUACAACGUGACUACUGUUGUAAUCACCAACAGAAACAGCAAUCCUGAUAGGCUCAAUGGUGCAGAGAUUCGUAUUGGUAAUUCACUGGAGAACAACGGCAACAACAACCCCAUAUGUGCAGUCAUCUCCAACAUGACAACAGUACAGGACCAGACCUUCCAGUGUAAUGAGAUGGAGGGACACUAUGUCAGUGUGAUCAUCCAUGGCAAUAACAAAAUUCUCACUCUGUGUGAGGUGGAGGUAUAUGGCAUUCUAGCGGGACACUGUUCAUCUGCAACACGCCUCUCUCAUGACGAGUAUCACUUUGUGAACCAAAAUAAGACCUGGACUGAAGCACAGAGUUACUGCAGACAGAAUUACACGGACCUGGCCACCAUAGACAACGUGGAGGACUUGGACAGACAGAUGAAAGCUGUACACAGUGGUUAUACUGGAGCAGCCUGGAUAGGGUUAAAGAAGGGAGACUGGAAGGGAGAGUGGCAGUGGUCAGACAAUGAUUGCAGUGAGGGAUAUUUCAACUGGCAACAAGACGAACCAAAUAACAGGGGAGGGAACGAGGACUGUGUGAUGAUGAGCAACGGUGGCAAAUGGAAUACAUCUAAUUGCAACAAUUCACAUGCAUUUAUCUGCUAUGACAGACUGAACAGUUCUGGUACGAAAUUCAAUUUUAUUAAUAAUACGCAGAUGACUUGGAGAGAUGCUCAGAUGUACUGUAGGGAGAAUCACACAGACCUGGCCAGUGUGAGGAACCAGACUGAGAACGAGGAGAUAUUUAGACUGGCUAGUGGUCAUAGUGUGUGGAUUGGCCUGUUCAGAGGCUCCUGGAAGUGGUCGGACCAGAGUAACUGCUCAUUCAGAAAUUGGCAUGAGACACAACACGAUAACACAAGAGGGAAUCAGACCUGCGCUGUGACAUUUAUGAACUAUUCAGGGCGUUGGGGUUGUCAGAAGUGUGAUGAACAACUACCUUUCUUCUGCUACUACAAUAAGGUGAUCUUGAUUCGUCAGAAGAAGACGUGGAAAGACGCCCUGGCCUACUGCAGAGAGCACCACAACGACCUGGUCUCUGUCCACUCUGACGAGGUCCAGAGAUGGGUGGAGGCCCAGGCCAAGAGAGCCUCCACUCCUCAUGCGUGGCUGGGCAUGCGCUUCACCUGCACUUUGAACCUCUGGUUCUGGGUCAGUGGAGAGUCCACCUGCUACCACAACUGGGCUCCGGGAAACGGGACCGUCAUGGAGGACUGUGGGCAAACCGGAGUGAGGAGAACCGGGGCGGUAGAGAAAGAUGGACGUCACCAGUGGGUCAGUCUGCCUGACACAGAGGAGCUCGACUUCAUCUGCAGCACCUCUAACAAAAGGUAGUAGAAUCUGGACCCAGCUCUAGCAUGGUGCCAUUCCCAGACAUGGAUUUGGCCUAGUCCUGGACUAAAAAAGCAGAGAAGAAUCUCCAUUUAGAAUGCUUUUUAGUCCAGGUCUAGGCUUAAUCUGUAUCUGGGAAACCAUCCCUCAGUCUUCAAAUCUAUAUCUUUUCAUUCAUAGAACUUUCUAGAAGCAUGUUGCUGUUGUAGCUUUUGAAAAAGAAAAGCAUCACACUCAGCUCAGAUGUAAUAAUUUAACGACCAACGUUUGGACAGACAAGCUGUCUUCAUCAGGGUAUAAUGACAAAAUGCGAGUCACUAGUUGUCUCUGUAAUAAUGUCCAGGUGUGGCUUGAUAUCAUUGGUUGAUUUACAGAUAUAAAUAGAACAUAUAAAAAAAACUAAAUGGAUAUACGAUCAUAGAUACAAUUUGGCUAUAUAAGCCUACAAACAUUUACAAUGAAUAGCAAAAUCACAAUAAUCACAAGAAUGACUUCAGAUCAAAGUCUACGUUGAGACCGAAGGGAGCAAAGGGUCUUUAAAUUAAAGUUCUGGGCAGCCUCUUGUUUUAACAAUACAUUUUCACGAUCGUAACUGACAUUAUAUUUUAUUGUGUGUGUGACUUAAUAAAUGAUUCGAUUUUUAUAGAUUAUGUUUAAGGUUAAAAAAAAAAAAAAAUCUUGUUAUACUGUUUUAUCUUUUGAGGUUGUUUAUUCACAUCCUUUUCACAUAUUUGUCGAAACGUUUUUAUUAGUCUUUUAAUCACAUAUAGACCUGGAUGAUCAUUGUUGAUGUUGUUCUUUUUUACUGUCCUUUUAGUGUCAAUAGUAUUGGUGUGGGUGAGUAUGUGAUGUUUGAUGAUUGUUUCAAUGUCAUAUUUUGAUUCUGUUUUGAACUCUUUAUUUUUGGUUUAAGUGAUUGUUUUACUAUUUUGUUGAUUAUUGAUUCACCGCCAAUGGGGUAAAAAAUAAAUAAUAUAUAUAUAUAUUUG